CACGCUUACAAUCACUCUCACUAUGGAGCUCUCACAGCAGACGCCAGGGCAUGCAACCCACAUUAAUAUAUAAGUACCUGCAAGGUUUCGAACGACCUACACUGCAUCGCAACCCAUUGUCAUCAGAUACUCUAACGAUGGCUGAAGACGUCGGUUCAGGGCAAGACGGGUCUGAGUUGCCACCUCUCGAUGACGGACUCGUGGCAUCAGUAGCUGCAAGGCUUGAUGCUGCUAAGAUUCACUAUGUCCUCUGGGGUCUUUACAUGCUGACUAUUUUUGGCAUUCCAACCAUAGUCAAUGGCAUCGACGUCGUUGUUGACGAUAACUUCAUAGAUGCUGCCUAUGCCACUCUUGAAGGUGCCGGUUUCAUGAAGUGCAAUUCAGAAGAUUGCAUCAGCAACAAGGACCUUCCUUAUGCCCCGACUCCUCAUACCCAUCUCCACAUCACCGAAUCCGAACGGCUGGGUUUCUUUAAACGAUCCGACGUUCUAUGGCGACUCUCAGAUCUAUCAAAUGUGGACGGCGAAAGCAUAAUCCUGGCAUCGGAUCCUAGUCAACUACCCGGACGAGAUAUCGUAGGGAACCGACGACGAUUCCCGCAGGACCUGUAUCCAGUGCGCAUCCCAGCCGUCACUCAACUAGUUCAGUCACUGCUUUUGCUCGCAAAGAAAGACCGGAAUACGUACGGAGAAUACUGGGUGAACUGGGUUAUCUACAUACUAGAAUACUGCACUGAAAACGGCGUCUUCGAGAAAAGCCGACUGACCGGGAACUACAAGACCUACAUCGACGCCUUCCUUGAGGGGGAUCACUCAUUGAAAGACCAGGCUUUUGAACAUAUUGGCGUCACAGAGUAGUAAGGCCGUGGGUGGGUGCGAGUCAAAGGAAAGGGGUUACUAUGGUCUCCAUUUUUACAGCCGGUAUAUUGAAAUGCAGCGGGGCGCGACAGAGGUAGAG